AUGACGAUGGGCGUUAAAGCUUCAGGGGCUUUCAGGGGCUACCCUUGGAGCACCCACUGGGCCUUAUCGGUAUCGCGAGCACUACUCCCACGGCAUCAACACCUGCGCGGCUUCCUGACGGGUGCCUGCAUGGCGGGCUUGGUACUGGGGCUUGUUGUGUUGCUACAACUACAUGGCUCAUUUAAUGAUUUCUUGUGGCCGUUUUGGAAGAGCAACACCAACGGCAGCGAUGGAAAGCCUACUGAACCGCCGCCUACUUUCCGCUGGGCUGAUAUCACACCAAGUCCAACUCUGACUUGGCAUCAGUGUUACUCUCCCGACCAUGACUGUGCGCGUCUGGAUGUGCCGAUGGACUGGCAGUCUCCGUCGGACUCGGCCAGAGUUGUGCUUGCUAUCAUCAGACUUCGCGCAGUAGCAACGUCCGCGUCAAAGAAUAAGACGGAUUAUCGAGGGCCGGUGUUCUUCAACCCUGGGGGGCCGGGGGGAUCGGGCAUUUGGUCAAUGCUGGAUCAUGGCAGAGAGCUGCAAGCUAUACUGGGCAAGGAACAGUACGAUCUUGUUUCGUUCGAUCCUAGAGGGGUAGGGAACUCUGUCCCCAGGAUCGAAUGCUGGAGUCAGCAGCAGGAUAGAGGGGUUUGGGAUCUGCAGAACAGUGUGCUCGGGACGGUGGAUGCUCAUCCGGGGGUGGUGUAUGAUGCGUAUGCUCGCGCGCAGGCUUUCAGUCAAGUUUGUGAGAACAAUCCUGACUUGGCAGGGGAGGAUGGGAUCCUCAGGCAUAGCAGCACCGUGUAUCAUGCCCGGGACAUGCUCGAGAUACUGGAACAGAUGGGGGAGGAGAAGCUCAAGUACUGGGGGUUUAGCUACGGAACCGUUCUCGGCGGUACCUUUGCCGCCCUGUGGCCUCACAGAAUAGAAAGAAUGGUCAACGACGGUAUGCCUCCCUCACACUCUCCUAUCACCAGCCCAAUGCUGACCUUGUUCAAGGGAACGUCGACUACGUCGAAUGGUACCAAGGAGGCUACAUCAACUUUCUCCACGACGCCGACGCAGUAA